AUGGCGGUCCCAAUCGCGUCUCUGACCCCGCUCCGGUUCGCCAACGGUUCCGCUUCAUACACUUCGCCAACCGGGGAUCAGAUCCUCGGCUCUGUCAAUGGUCCUGUGGAAGUGACUCGUCGUGACGCCCAGAAGCCAGAAGAAGCGACGCUGGAGAUUAUCGUGAAGCCGGGAGUCGGCGGAAGCGGCGUCGGCGAGAGGUAUGUGGAAGGCAUCAUCCGGAGCGUCUUGAGCAGGGUGAUUUUGAUGCGAGACAAAACCCUGGCACGGAGGGCGAUUGUGGUCACGCUGGUUGUUGUGAAGAAUACGAUAGCUGAAGGAAGAGUCGACGAGCGCGGUGGUUCGUAUCUUCCAAUUCUGCCCUCGCUGUUACAUACGGCGCUUCUUUCCCUUUUAUCGGCUGCGAUUCCCAUGUCCAUGAUCUACACCGCCGUCCUUGUGGCAGUCAACCCUUGCAGCGACUUGAUUCCAAACCCUUCGCCUAAUGCCGCACGAUCCGCCAGUUCCCUCCACGUCCUAGCAUUCUCGUCCCAAGGCCAUUUGCUUCUUAAUGAAAGUCAAGGCGACUUCGACCUGGCCACAUGGGAGAAAAUACAUGAUCUGGCAGAAACAGUCUGUCGAGGUGGUACAAAGAUGCAGCUUACCACGGGUGGAGAUGUUUCCAUGGACGAUACGGACACACCGCAGAGCCUAGAACAAUUCGUCAGAGGCAUAGUUGAAGACAAGGCUCGGGAAGAGUUCGCCUGGAAACUGGUUGCGACUUGA